CCACUGUGGCAAAAAGACACCUUUGCUGCCGGUGCCACCGGAACUAGACACUCGCCGCGCGCUGACCGGAGGGACUGCCUCGCCACCGUGAGGCGUAAAUGGCCACAACAUUCUGCUCAAAGAAAGACGCCAGAGAGACAACCUGUGUAGCGGAGAGCGUCCUGGAAAUUAGGGCGCGUGUUUGCUGUAGCGGUUACCGGGAGCCCCCUUCCGCACAAGGGAAGUUUCUGUGAGCGAAGAUAUCUUUGAUUUAUAGGCUGCAAACAUGGACGAGGACAACCAAGAACCUGAGGACCUGUCUUUGGAGGAAAGAGAUGAGCUGUCAAAUAUACGGCGUAGGAAAAAGGAGCUUCUGGAUGAUAUUGAACGGCUGAAGUUUGAGAUCGCAGAAGUGAUGACUGAGAUUGAGCAGCUAACCUGUGUGGGGGAGAGCAAAACCACGCAAAGAAACAAACAGAUUGCUAUGGGGAGGAAAAAGUUCAACAUGGACCCUAAAAAGGGGAUCCUGUUUCUUCUGGAGAACGAUCUUCUGCAGAACACCCCAGAGGACAUCUCACAGUUCCUCUUCAAAGGCGAAGGGCUCAACAAAACAGUCAUUGGGGACUACUUAGGGGAACGGGAUGACUUCAACAUCAAGGUGCUGCAUGCGUUUGUGGAGCUUCACGAGUUUGCAGACCUCAACCUCGUACAAGCCUUAAGGCAGUUUCUGUGGAGCUUCAGACUUCCUGGUGAAGCCCAGAAGAUUGAUCGUAUGAUGGAGGCGUUCGCCGCCAGGUACUGCCAGUGCAAUCUUGGCGUCUUCCAGUCCACAGACACCUGCUAUGUGCUAUCAUUUGCCAUCAUUAUGCUGAACACAAGCCUGCACAAUCCCAACGUCAGAGACAAGCCCCCCGUUGAGCGCUUCAUCUCCAUGAACAGAGGGAUCAAUGAGGGGGGAGACCUCCCGGAGGAGCUACUCAGGAAUCUUUUCGACAGCAUCAAAAGCGAACCGUUUAAGAUCCCAGAGGACGAUGGGAAUGACCUGACGCACACGUUCUUUAACCCAGACAGAGAGGGCUGGCUGCUUAAAUUAGGAGGCCGAGUGAAAACCUGGAAGAGAAGGUGGUUCAUCUUGACUGACAACUGCCUCUACUACUUUGAAUACACAACAGACAAGGAGCCUCGUGGGAUCAUCCCGCUGGAGAAUCUCAGCAUCAGGGAGGUGGAGGAGCCAAGGAAACCUAACUGUUUUGAGCUCUAUAAACCUAAUCACAAGGGUCAGGUGAUCAAAGCCUGCAAGACGGAGGCAGAUGGGCGUGUUGUCGAGGGCAACCAUGUGGUGUACAGGAUAUCAGCUCCCACGCCAGAAGAGAAAGAGGAGUGGAUUAAAUCUAUCAAGGCCAGCAUUAGCAGAGACCCCUUCUACGACAUGCUGGCCACCAGGAAGAGACGCAUCGCCAACAAGAAGUGAAGAGAGUCUUCUCACCCCUCCAGCUCCUCCAUCUUUCUCUCCUUCCGUUCAUAAACACAUAAACUGCACACACUUGGGAGCUGCUUCAACACAGGAAAGGCUGAUAAACCCCCGAAAAGACUUUGACCCCGAAUACGAACUUUGAUUUCUCUCCUGUCCACAAGUCAUUUGCACUUGACAUCACACACUGCUGAGGGGACAGAUCUGUGGCUGAUUGUUUCCCCUCCAUUUCACUAACACCUCUCCCUCUUAUGGUCAUGACAUGUUUCUUCAUCUCCCUGAAGCACAACUGCCAUGUUUCGUGUGUGUGUGUGUGUGUGCGUGUAUGUGUGUGUGUGUGUGUGUGUGUGUGUGUGUGAGUAGAUCAGUGCAGCAUAAGCUCAUCUGGACCGUGUCGUCAUCUCACUGGUGCUGAAUUCUUCUCUGGGUGCCAUGGCUGAAGUAACCUCAGAAAACAGUGCUGGCUUACAUUGAGGUUCCUAACUACUCGUUACAGUCUGCCGUCAGCUGGGCUGAUUUCACUCAUUUGUGUGGAGCAGAGAAUUUUUUUAAUGUGCAUACUUUUUUAUUUUAGUUGCAUAGAAAAGGAGCUUUUGCCGAGGCUUGAGAUGUUACUUGCUUAUUGGACUUUAAGUUGUAAUCCUUAAGAUAUCAGUACUUGUUGAUUUGGUGACACAACCUAAUUAAAGAUGGCAAUAGUAAGUGUGGUUUAAUACUACACAACAAACAGUCCUUUGGAAGCCAGUUUGCAACAAAAGAGCAAUUCAUGUGUCGGUUUACAGUGCAGCCAACAACUCACAUUGUUUUAAUGAAGAAGACAAUAACUGUAAUCUGAUUGUUUUUCGUCUGCAGCUAACUAUUCACUGACUGUUUCUUCUUGUUCCCUUGUCAAAUUUAAAAAAGAUCAGAGGCGAGUGAACAGUAAACAAUAUGGCUAAUAUCCAUGGGAUAAAGUUCAAUAAUACUAGAUCACAUGCAUACAUGUUUUCCCGUAAACACCUAGUGAAUGUGGAUAAAGCAGGGGAAUGACAGACCCCGCCACUAUCAAUGAAAAGUAAUAAUAAGAGAGAUAUUUCCAGAAUGUGGAGAUAUAUUUAAUGAAAUCUUAGGGAUUUCAACUUUAAAAAGUCUACUGAGUAGGUUAUAUUUAUGGCUGUGCAAUGGCCCAAUGGGGUACCAGUCCAAUUAAGCUUUUUUCUCUUGUCUAUGGCCUAUGUCAGUGAAGGCCGAUGUAUUGUUGUGAUCCCGUUUGCAUUUGAUUCGUAUUCCUAAAGAAUCCUUGCUUGCUUUUUUGUUCCUCUUUAAAGAAAAGAAAAAACAUAUAAAUAAUAACCAACUAUAAUUUUUCUAUUUAUUUUCAAUUGCGAUAUGGUGUAAUACUCCCUGUAAAUGAUAAACAACAUAUGCUUAAGUUAUGUAUGUGUGUAUAUAUAUAAUGUAUAGGUUUUCUGGUCUCUUUGUUGUAGUAUGCACACUCUGUGUAACAUGUUUGAGCCGACAGGCAGACGUUUGCAUCAGCUGAAGUUUGGGGUCUUUACAAAAUCCUGAAACAUAAUCAUAAGAACACAUGAUGAGGAUGGUGUUGAUGAUAUUGGUCCAUAACGAGGAGGAUGCUCUUCAAAAAGCCAAGACUGACGGGUGAGAAAGAUGGUUUUAUUUAUGAUGAAGGAAAAGAUUAUAGUUUAAAUGACGUUUGAUGAUGAUGAUGAUAAUAAUACUAUCCAUAAUGAUGAUGAUGUCAAAAACUAUAAACAACAGUAGUUUUCUAUGUGAUUGUAAAAUAAAAUAAAAGCCUUGUGGUCAGGCCAGAUUAUUAUCUUCUACUGCCCUGUGUGGGCUUAUAGUUACAUUAACUUUUAUAUUCUCUGUAAAAGCUAUUGGUCACGUUGUACAUUAUGUGUAUCUAUAUAAAAUAUACAUCAAACUUA